AUGUCGGCCGUCACGUGGCCUGGACAGCGCCGGGCUGUCUGCGCCUGGCAUGGACUCUCUGGCGGCCGCGGGCCGGGGUCCGGAGGAGCCGAGUGCGCAGGAGGUGCCCGGCGCGGAGGUGAGCUCGCCAGGCGGGAAGCGGUGGGGCUCGCGCGCGGCUGGAGAGGCCGAGCACGCAGAGCCGGUAACGGCGGGCGCGGGAAGGCGCGGGGGUUGCAGCCCAGGUGGUGCCGAGCGCCGGAGGAAAAGGACCGAAGGACCGCCCGACCCCAGCACUGCGCGAGUGAUGGAGGGAGUAGCAGGUGGCCCUGAGCUGGCGCCCGCGGCUGGGGGCCAGAGCCAGGCUGGCUUUGCCACAGCUGACCUCUCUGGUCAGGAGCGAGAGACUGAGAUGGCCAUGGAUCGACUAGCCAGUGGAGCCCAGAGCAUCCCUAGUGAUAUUCCUACCCAGGGUGAGGGCCUAUGUUCUGAAGAGGAAGGCUUUCCUGUGGAGGAGGAAGAGGCUGAUGGGGAACUGUAUGCCUGGGGGCAGCCAGGAGGAACAGCCUGUCCACCUGUGGAGCAGGCUGCAGAUCUUUUCAAUGAAGACUGGGACUUGGAGUUGAAAGCAGACCAAGGCAAUCCUUAUGAUGCUGAUGACAUCCAGGGGAGCAUUACUCAAGAGAUCAAACCUUGGGUGUGCUGUGCCCCACAGGGAGACAUGAUGUAUGACCCCAGUUGGCACCAUCCACCUCCACUGAUACCACAUUAUUCUAAGAUGGUCUUUGAAACAGGACAGUUUGAUGAUGCCGAAGAUUGAAGGUGGCACUUUCUGCCUUGUGGGUUUUUUUUGUGUAUGUGUGUGUGCCUUCCUGAUGAAGAACUGUUUCCUGUCUUUAAGGUGAGAUAUCCUACCCAAGACCAUGUUCCCAUUGGUUCCUGAGUAUGGGCUACACACAUUGUUGUGAGCUGAGGUCCCACUGCUUUUUCCUAUUUUGUUGUUGUUGUUGUUGUUAAUGGACCCUUUGGAAUGUAGCAGCAUUUGUGUCUGUAUCAGAGGAAGUGUCUUCUUUAUAAAUAAAGGUAGGGGGGAAAAACA